AGUUCCUUGUGCCAUACAGUAGGUCCUUGUUGAUUAUCUAUUUUGUAUAUAGUAGUGUGUAUUCCACUCACUUUUCAAUGAGAGAAACUAUCCAGCAAAUCUGGAAUAACUGUGUUGUUUUAUUCAGAACUUAACCCAAAGUUGUGAUUUUGAGUUGUCACAUCCUCCUUGAGAUGCUCUCUCGUUUUCUGGUAUGCCUCAUGUGGAAUUACUUCUGAUCUCUUUAGUUCUCUCGAGUCUAAAUUAUGCAUCAGAAGUUUGUGUGAGCAUCUGAUGACUUCAUUAUCAGUAGUAAUGUACUCGUGUUCCACCAUUCAGCUACAGUAUUUGAUCUCAUUUUACCAUAAAUUAUUUCCUAGUUGUCCUUCAUGUUAUGGUUCAGGGCAUUGUAUUGUUUUUUUUUUUACAAUUCUCUAUGGAGGUAGCUUGUAUAGCCUAUGAAUUUCAUUUCAGGAGAGUAAAAGGGGUGUUAUAAAAUACUUACUUGCUAUACAAAAGGGACGUUGGGGCUGUUGGAUGAGAACCCUGCCCUCCCAGCUGGCCUCCCUGCAUUCCUCACCCUGGUGGGCCAUCUCCUGUUCCGGGUUCAGGGAGCCCCUGUCUGCCCCGGGCCCGCAAGGAGCCUCGAGGCUGCUGCUCUGGCACAGAGGACAGAGCCCGGGCCGCUCACUCUGCGGUUGAACCCCGCAAGAAGGGCUCGUGACCCACUUUCAUGGGGAUCCCAGGGGAUGCUUGGGGUCCAGGCAGUGCUCCGUGCUCCAAAAGCAUCACAUGGAGGCUCUGUUUGGGGUCACAGCCAGCUCAGGGCUGCCUUCUGCCCCUCGGUCAGAGGGGCCAGAGGCCAGGGCCAAGCAUCUUCACCAAAACCUCUGGGAAUCCCCAGGGGUCUCAGGCCAGAGACCAUCCUCAGAACCACCAACUGCCCUCCCAAGCCCAGUGGGGGCCCCGGGCCAGCCCCCCGCACCGCUGCUGUCCUCUUGGCCUGAGCGGGUUCUGGGCUGGAACUGCAGGAAGGACGGUCAGGUGGGGUUACAGGGGCCCCCUCGUUCAGCAUGAGAGUGGUGAGAGUUGCGACUCUGCUCUCAGGAGGCGUUUCACCCGCUGCUGUCAGGGUGGGUAGACACCCGGAUGUCACAGGUCGGGGGGGCCUGAAGGUCGCCAGGAACGUGGCUGGAAUCUGCUCGGGGGCCCUGUCCUCCCCCAGCCCAGGCAGAGGCUGCCAAGUUUGGGCCUGUCCUCUCCUCCUGUCCUUAUUUGGUGCGCUCCAGGUGAUAAGGCUGAGACAUAAAGGGGGCUGUGGGCCCCUCGCAGCAACUAGGCUGCUGCAGAGAGAGACGAUGGCCAGCAGGAAGGCGGGGACCCGGGGCAAGGCUGCGGCCACCAAGCAGGCCCAGCGAGGCUCUUCCAACGUCUUUUCCAUGUUUGAGCAAGCCCAGAUCCAGGAGUUCAAGGAAGCCUUCAGCUGCAUCGACCAGAAUCGUGACGGCAUCAUCUGCAAGUCGGACCUUCGAGAGACCUACUCCCAGCUGGGGAAGGUGAAUGUUCCAGAAGAGGAGCUAGAUGCCAUGCUGCAGGAAGGGAAGGGGCCCAUCAACUUCACUGUCUUCCUCACACUAUUUGGAGAGAAGCUCAACGGGACAGACCCCGAGGAAGCCAUCCUGAGCGCCUUCCGCCUGUUUGAUCCCAGCGGCAAGGGCGUGGUGAACAGGGACGAGUUCAAGCAGCUUCUCCUGACCCAGGCAGACAAGUUCUCUCUGGCCGAGGUGAAGACUCCGGCUCCUUCAACACCCCUCCAGGCCCCUUCGCAGGGCCCCCACCCCGCAGGGCCCUGGGGAGGUCUCGGUGACCCACUGCCCUCAUGGGCUUAGAGCCCAGCUUUCCGGAGGAGGUGCCGUCUCUCUUGGGAUCGGGAGGGUGAAGGACAUGGAAUCAGAAAGGGAGGAGGGUGCAGCCUGGGCGAGCUGUGUGUGCGGAGGCCCAGGCGUGGGAGUGCGGUGCACCUCAGGAUCUGGAAGAGGUUUCCUACACUGGGGAGGGGGAGGGGGAGGGGGGCCGGGCCCGUGGCCAGGGUGGGCCCUGUGACCCACGGCACCCUUCGCUCCUGCCCCAACCUCCGGCUGCAAAGGCUAAGGGGCAGCGUACAGCCCCAGGGGCGGGGCGAAGGGUCGCAGGCCUCCCUCGGGUCACAGGCACCGGCCCCCAGGACGCCCUGGCUGGGCGGCGUCUGACCAGUGCCUCCCCAGGUGGAGCAGAUGUUCGCCCUGACGCCUAUGGACCUGGCCGGGAACAUCGACUACAAGUCCCUGUGCUACAUCAUCACCCAUGGG